GCUGACACCACCUCUGGGAGUGGAAUCCAGCAGCUAGUGCGGCAUUACGGUUCUACCUGCAUUUGACGCGGUGUGUAAGAAUGCACACCGCUAUUGCUCAUAAAUGAUGUGUUUUGGGAUAUUCUAGUCUGCAUUACAGUACGUUUCUGUGACACACAGCUGAUCUUCGCACGCAAUUUUAGAUGUGGGGGCCCUCUCAACUGCUCUUCAAAGCCGGAUAACUGACCAACAGACGCACAAGACGUCACAUCAGCCAUGGCCUCUGACAUCACCUAUCACGAUGGUCCGGCGUUCGCCCGGAUCGACGACAGUCCCGCGGAGGAAGAGCGACCGUCGCAACCAACCACCCCGUCCAAUGAGUACGAGCGCAUUGGUGGAAGAACAGGCUCCUCUUUUUUCCAGACCCUGAUCCAUUUACUGAAAGGAAACAUUGGCACUGGGCUGCUGGGCUUGCCCCUGGCUGUGAAGAAUGCUGGCCUUGUGCUGGGCCCUCUCAGCCUAUUGGUCAUGGGGAUCGUGGCCAUACACUGCAUGAGCUUGCUGGUCAAGUGUUCUCAUCAUCUGAGUGCCAAGCUGAACAAGCCUCCUCUUACCUAUGGGGAUGCGGUGGAGUACGGCAUGGAGAAUGUCUCUUGGUUGAGGAGGCACUCUGUUUGGGGAAGGCAUAUGGUGAAUCUGUUCCUGAUCAUAACUCAGCUGGGAUUCUGCUGCGUCUACUUUGUAUUUCUCAGUGACAAUGUCAAACAGGUGGUGGAGGCAGCAAACGGGACGUCGUGGGACUGCCGCACUAACGUGACGGCGGUGCCGGUGCCCAGCAUGGACUCCCGCCUCUACAUGCUCAGCUUCCUGCCCUUCAUCGUCCUGCUGGUGUUCACACGCAACCUCAAGGUCCUAGCGCCCUUCUCCUCGCUGGCCAACUUGGUCAUGGCUGCCAGCCUGGUGCUCAUCUACUAUCACUCGAUCACGAACAUUUCGCUCCCCAUUGACCUGCCUUUGGUGGGAAACGCAAGAGACUACCCUCUCUUCUUUGGAACCGCUAUUUUUGCCUUUGAGGGAAUCGGAGUGGUUCUACCACUGGAAAAUAAGAUGCAGAAGCCGGAGAACUUUCCCAAGGUUCUGUACACGGGCAUGGCCAUCGUCACGUUCCUUUACAUCAGUCUGGGCACCGUGGGCUACUUGUGCUUCGGGGAGAGCAUCGGUGGGAGCAUCACCCUCAACCUGCCCGACUGCUGGACGUACCAGAUAGUGAAGCUGCUCUACUGCUUCGGCAUCUACAUCACCUACGCCCUCCAGUUCUACGUGCCGGCCGAGAUCCUCAUCCCGCACGCCGUGGCGCGCGUCUCCGGCCGCCUGGAGCUGCUGGUGGACCUCAGCAUCCGCGUGGCGCUCGUCACCUUCACAUGUGCUCUGGCCGUCCUGAUCCCGGAGCUGGACCUGGUGAUCUCCCUGGUGGGCUCCAUCAGCAGCAGUGCCUUGGCCCUCAUCAUCCCUCCCCUGCUGCAGCUGCUCACCUUCCACAACGAGGGCAUCUCCUGCUGGGUGGUGCUGAAGAACGUCCUCAUCAGCAUGGUGGGGCUGGUGGGCUUCGUGGCCGGCACCUACAUCUCCAUCGAGCAGAUCAUCAAACGCAACCAUCAGCGGCACAACGACCUCUCCUUCCAGGUCAUGUGAUGUGAUGUGACGGGAGGAGGAGGACAGUGGGGGAGGACGACGACACAAAGGUUUCUGACGUGGUCUUACACUGACUGACGGACCUCUUUUAUUUUUCAAAUGCUGUACCACAAUCGGGUUUUGAUUUUGAUUCCACUCACAGAUUAUCUGCUGUUGUUAUAUUAUUUCUCUUUUUUUUUACGGAUUGCUACUGGUGACUUGUUUUUAUAGCGGUUAUCGUGUUGGUACUGUUUUAUUGUGUUUUAUUCUGCAUGGGGUUCUGUGCUCGCAAUCCCACAGGUGAUUAUUGCAAAUCUCUUUCUUUUGAAGGCCUUGGUUUCCAUCACAUUGCUUCAUUACAUUUUAACAUUCGUAAUAUUACAAAACAUGUCAAGCUUUUGACACUUCAUUAGCUUUAUCUUAUUAUUAUUAUUAUUAGUAGUAGUAGUAUUAUUGUUAUUGUGUUAUUAUAUUAUUAUUAUUACACAUUGUAAAUUCCCGCAUUGUAAAUGAUGUCACAUAUUUGACAUUAUUGUAAAAAAAAAUGUGGAAAAUAUUAUGGCUGUUGUAUGGGCAGCUGAGAAGGAUUUUCAAUGAGCUCCUAAUGUUAAGUUAAGUGGUCCUUGACCUUUUGGCGUACGUACCUCAUGCUGAAGUUGAUUUACACAUUUUGCACAUAUUCGCAGCAGACAGUCAUUGCUUCAUUAUUUCAAUGGUUUACUUGUUGUGUUUUGGGUACUAGCUAGGUGUAUACUUCACUGAUCAGACUUCACUGAUUCUUAAUUUGCAAGAGGGGCCACUGUUCCUGCAGUUGAACAGGAGUUAACGUUUCAUAAGUUACUGACUGACCUAAGUCCCUCGGCACCGAACAAACUCCUCACGGUGGACAACGCCCCUGUUUUAAAGCUCAUUCCCCUUGAAAUAAGAAGCCGAUAAUUGGGAGCAGUACUAUUUUAAUGGACCACCCUCCUUAGCUGUGGGGCUUAGGUUGUCUGAGACCCGACCAGAGCUUCCUUCUCAAACGGUGUGCUCAAAAAAAGACUUGGAAGUAUUUGUCUCCUCAAUGUGGUUUUCAAAGAUAUGGCGAGAUCAAAGGGGGCGAGUAGAGGGAGUGGGCCCGUGUGACAGAAAACAUUAGACAAAACCCAAGCGUGCAGAAUUCAACAAGAUGAGCGCAUUUUCAGGUCUCCGACUAAAGUGAAAAUUAAAUUCUUCUUGUAGUGCACCAUUAAAGCCAGCGUCUGCCCCUGCACUGGCUCGUUGGAGUCGAUGUUUUCGGUAGAACUUGCAAAGGUGUGUAGGUAGGACUGAAACUUCUAUGUGUUUUUUGUUGUUGUUGUUGGUUUUUGUUGGGUUUUUUUUAGCUUUCUUUUCAACUAUUACCAAAGUGCAUUUUAAUUAUUCAUCAAUGGUCUUUUGAGUUAUUUUUUAAUGUGUGAUGAAAUGCAUUGAAAUGUUGUGAUUUUCAGUGUUAUAACCUCAAGGGGAUCGGUUCAGGGAUGAUGUCUUCCAGAUAAGGAAAUUAUAUUAAUUGGGAAAAUUAGCAAAAAGAAAGUGAUUUUUUGAUGAAGAUACAACUUUUGUUGUUUUCACAUCAUUUCAUAAUCUGCAAAAUAAUAUGCUAUCAACCUCUGUUCUAUAUUGCUAAUCAGCAGUCGCCACUGUUUGAAGCAUUUUUCUUUUUCUUAUUUUUUUUUUUUUGAGAUAUGGUUAUUGUUUAAUUUUGUCUUUACCCUUUUCACGGGGAGUCUGUAUAUACAAAUAGAAUAGUUGCCAGUACCGUUAUGAUUAUGUAUGGUCCCAUAUAAUGGUGAAGACAAUCCAUAAGCCAUGGCAGCCAUUGCUAUCUCUAUGAAGUUAUCAUGCAAUUUAAAUUCCUUAAACAUAAUGUUGGAUGUCUUGACAGUGCCACCAAAUUCAAGGCUACAAGUUAUCAGCACAAUGUCUAGACAAUAAUAGAAAUGACGACCUUUGAUAUUUACAUUUACAUGUAUUCAUUUAGCAGACACUUUUAUCCAAAGAGACUUACAGAUCUUAAAAUACUACAGACAAAAUGGAAUAUUUUCGUCAUUGUCUAAGCAGUCCAUUUGAACUAAUUUCUUAUGUAGCGUUUUAGGUCAACUUGGCUUUUUUUUUUUUUUUUUGGUGCUUAGAUAGAUAGAUAGAUAGAUAGAUACUUUAUUGAUCCCCAAGGGGAGAUUAAUUCAUUGGCAUGUCUUUACCAUUAUUUGCAACUUUUCUAUUUUUCUUCAGAGUCCAAAAAACAUAAUUUGGUCAGUAUAAUCCAGUACUGCUGUAAUUUUAGUCAUUUUUUAUUUGUGGAAUUUCUAAAUGCUCAUUCGAAUUAUAUUGAUUUUAAUAUUUAGGGAUUGUUUUUUUUGUUUGUUUUUGUUUGUUUUCCUCAAUUUUCCUCACCAGAUUCCACAUAAUAGUAUAUACAUACACAGAUAUCAAUGAAGCAUAUACCUGAAUGAAAUGUUUAGAGCGUUGAAAGCACUUUGGAGACCAUCAGAAUCGCUUAUGUUCAUCAAGUUCUGAUUCUAUGCUAACCGCAGCCACCGCUCUUGUGUACCAUAGCAGCUCUUGACUCUACACUAAUGAUUAAACGCCAAGUUCAGAUUUUGGUUUGGAAGAGGAAAAGGAUUACCUCCUUCUUUGCACUUUAGGAGUGAUCUUUUUGAGCUAAUUGACUAUAAUAGUUUUUUUUUAAUGUUUCAAAGUUUUUUUUUUUUUUUAAGUUUGUAAAGCCUUAAUGAUACUGUAUAUUAUGCUUGCCAAAAUGACAUGACAGAAACUGACACAGAAGCCACGUUUGCAGUCCGACACGACGCCAUGCAUCACGCAUCACAAGGGAAUUCUAAACAUAGCUGGUUAUGACCCACACACAGCCUGGAAUCUCUCACAAGCAAGAGUUUCUUCAUCUGUGUAGUCGUCUAGUUCCUCAAGCCUGUUCUUCUCCCCCUCUGGCCAUCCAUUUGUUUAACUCAAGUGAUCGUUAAUUGAAUUAUCCUAACGAGCCUUCCGAUGAAAGUGUCAGAUGGGAGAUUAAACAGGACUGGAACGUAUUGGUCCUGAACGGGACAAUCUGCAGAAGUAGCGUUGAUGACCUGUGCUCACAGUUAUUAGUUCACAUGUUUGUUCUUGCUCAUGUGAUGUACUCUCUCUUUUUUUUCCUCAGUGAGGCUUUGUUAAGGUGUGCUAAUAAGGUGCUAUAUGAUUCAGUGCAAAUAUGAAAAUGUUUUUUUUGUUGACUAAAUUUGGCUGAUGUGUUUAUUUGUUGAUGCUGUCAAAUAAAAGAAAUACUGAGC